UGGAAAACUGAGGACAAGUCGGGGUUAAGUUCAAGUUUUGGCUGUGGUGUGUAUUUGUGUAACUUGUGUCCAUUUUCUGGACUUCGUUGCUGGCACGACAAGUCUUGAGAGUGAGACAGUCAUCGCAACAUUGUUCAGAAACAUCAUUCACAUUCAUGAGUCACGGUCUUUUCCUUCCUAGCCAUAGAGUCACCAAGUUGUUCAAACAGGAGCGUUGGGCCUGCCUAGCUGAUAGUGGUUCAGUCUAUGUUUCCAGAACUUCAACUAGAAGACCGGGAUUGUUCAAAAUCAACAUGGCAUCAAAGCCAGUCUGUGUAGAGGACUUCGAACCAUACCUCAAGGCGAACGUGUCUGACUUCGUCUGGAGGUAUUACAGAUCGGGAGCUCAUGGUGAACAGACACUGAGAGACAAUCCACGGGCCUUUCAAAGGUAUCGUCUUCGACCUCGAUGUUUGAGAGACGUGUCUCAACGAGACACUAGCACCUCUAUUCUUGGUCAUCGGCUUGCGUUCCCCGUCGGGGUGUCUCCAACAGCCGCUCACUGCUUUGCACACCGAGAUGGAGAAGUUGCAACUGCCAAGGGUGUAUCAAGUGUUGGAUCUGCCAUGAUUCUCAGCAUGUGGUCCAACAGGACUCUGGAGGACGUCGCAGCCUCUGUGCCCCCCGACACGCCCUUGUUGCUUCAGCUCACCAUCCUGCGUGACAGAUCCAGAGUUGAGGCAGUAAUUAGACGAGCCGAGGCAGCGGGCUUCAAAGCGCUGGUAGUAACGGUAGACGAACCAAUGCUGGGGAAAAGGGCCCAUUACCAACGCAGGGAAUUUGGUGUGAGGGAAAUUCUGUUCCCUCAAGUUCUGCGUCCUGGCGAGCGAUAUAUCCGUGAUGAGGUACCAUUUUCCGAUUCACGAACAUGGGAUGUCAUUCUGUGGCUGAAAAGAUUUACAUCGCUUCCAAUCGUGCUGAAAGGUAUACUCACAGCUGAAGAUGCAGUGGAAGCUGUGAGGCAUGGUGCAGCUGGUAUCCUGGUGUCUAACCACGGUGGCCGACAGCUAGAUGGGGUACCAGCUACGAUCGAUGUCUUGGCAGAGAUCGUCGAUGCAGUGCGUGGCUCUGGUGUGGAGGUGUAUCUUGAUGGAGGAGUACGUAAAGGCACCGAUGUCCUCAAAGCCCUUGCCUUGGGCGCACGAGCCGUCUUCAUCGGCCGACCAGCACUGUGGGGCCUGGCUUACGAUGGUGAGAAAGGAGUUGAAAAAGUUCUGAGGAUUCUGAAAGAGGAAUUCAGCCUCGCCAUGGCUUUAAGUGGUUGUUCUUCGGUAGCAGACAUCACAUCAGACUUGAUCUCUAUGCCAUCUUACAGCAAACUGUAGAAACAGUUGAGAACCAUCCCCCUUUGUUCUUGAAGCCACUCCUCAGUACCAGCACCACACCUUGUGUCACAAGGUCGCUUAACAGAAAUCACCGUACAACUUGCCAAGCAGUUGACACGAGAAGUUCUUUCUAGCAACUUCAAUGAAUAAAUUUGAAUAAAUGUGACCCACUCUCCUAAAACCAGGCUGAAGUGGGUAACUUCAUAAACCUAAAAUAGUGGAACUUCCACUGGUCAGAUUUUCAUGGGAGUUUUACAGCUAUCACUACCCGUAAGAAGCUUAGUGCAGACAGAAAUUUGGUUUAACAUGGAUUACUUGAAAGUGUAAAAAAAA